CACUAUUUAUUUACAGCGCCACCAACGUUUAAAAAUGCUUACAUGGAAAUCCAAGAUGUCAGCGCCCAUGGGAAGCGAAGAGAAGUUAGUUGAAUCAAAUAUGAAAAGCAAAACUACAUGUACCACACACACAAAUCUCAACAGAUAUUUGUGUAUAGAAUGUGGAACGUAUGCCACUGCAUUGUACAAGAUUUACAGCGGAGGAGUGAUUAAAAUCGCGCACUGUGAAAACUGCAGCAAAGUUGUGGAUAAGUACGUGGAGUUUGAUCCUGUCAUCAUUCUUCUGGAUGCGCUGCUGUACAAGCCACAGGCCUAUAGGCACAUCUUGUUCAACACCAACAGCAACAUCCAUUGGAAGCUGAGCAUUCUGUGUUUGCUCUGUGAUGCUUACACCAAAUGGGCCCAGCGUUCCAGGCUCAACUCAGCUAGUGAUCUUCUAGACAGGCAGUUUCUCUUCUUUGCCCUGCAGUGGCAUUUCUACGUUAUGUUUAUCAUUGCAGGACUUGAACUGAGUACCUUUCUCAUCGGUGUCGUGGCAUCAACAAUUCUUCACAGAAAAAUAACAGGAUCCCCGGGCAUAUGUACGUCGUUACUUCUCCGUUCUUUACUCCUGUGCUGUGUGGGGAAGCUACUAGUAAUACCUAUGGUCAUCUGGGGAACGACAGACAUUGAGACUUGUAUGUGGUUGACACGGUUAUUUGUGUUCACAUCGGCUACACAGGCCUUAAGAGUCAUAAUGAAUUCACAUACUGCGCUAGCAAGCAGCUUGAUCUUGCUGGGGUUUUCGGCACAGUAUCUGUCCACCCAUCUGUCACCCCUUCUGGAGUGGGUUUUGAUGCAGAGCUUUGCUUCAUGACCAAAGAGUCAACCUUCACAUAGCUUCCCAAGAUGCACUCAAAUUGCCAAAUAUUUAGCACUUAAAAUUAAGUUCUUUACCUGACGAGCCUACAUAUGAAAAGGCAGACGAUAAUAAGCAAAAGAGCAGUAAUGCAAGUAAUUUUCAUAUUGUCCAUUUUAUUUGACAUCAACACAAAUGUGCUUGAAGAUAUGCUACGUGUUCUGUCACUGGCAGCAGUAACAUUACGCUUGUCAACAUAAUCUUUGAAGUUCAAGCAACUUCAUGUAUGUAAUAUUAAUAUCUGAAAUACACCAGCUGUCUGAAGUAAAAAAUAUAGUUUAAUAAAAUGGUGCUUACUUAUGGUCAGAAGUAAAUCUUAUUUGUACAAGGCAAUUCUAAGAUUAACCACAACCCAUAAUAGAUGGAUUUGGAAUGAUGUUGUAGGGUUGAGGAAGCCACCGUUACUAUACAUAGGGUUUGAUUGCUAAUGGUGGAUUUUGGAGGGUUCAAAAAGGUUCCCGAGAUAAACACCAAAGGAGUUAUGGUUAAAUAUCGAGUUAAAAGACAUUGUAAUAAAAUAUUACGCUCAAAAAUCUCAAUGCAUUUGUUUAAUAAACUUUACCCAACAUAUUUGGCUCAAAACCAAAAUCCAGGUUUUUUUAUCUGUUAUUUUGUAUGCUGCUUGUUCUGUGCUACUGUCAAUAUUUUGUUUGUAUAAUGCAAAGCCGAGAAGA